UUCGACGGCAGUCACACCAGAACCUUCGUCGCGUCAGGUGCCCACGGCUCUCCGAGGACCAACGGGACUCUCCUCGGCUGCACGCGAGUUUUUCGAUCCCCGGUGGCCACCGCCUCGACGUUUAUUCACGAAAUCGUCAGAUUCGAGAGGCAGCCAGAAGACAGGAGGAAUAAAGGAAGGCAAGAUGUGGUUAUCGAGAACGUGCAUUCUGCUGAUCCUCGUUGGUCUCGCGCGCUGCGACGAUCACGAUGCCGAGGACGCCUCGACCAUCUUCCUCGAGGCGGCGAAAUCCUUCUUCUCUAAUAAGGACAAUGUGGAUGGCAUCCGAGGCAUGGCCAGCGCGUUCGUGCAGCCCGAUGCUGGAAAACAGGCGGACGAAAUGUUCGGUGGAAAAUCGAACAUGGACGGCGUGGGGCAGAUCCUCUCUGGCAUCGGGACGUUGUUCGCCGGAAAUGGGAAUCGUCAGGGUUUCGACUACUCGGUGAUAGGCUCGGUCCUCGACGGCAUGAUGAACACGAACCAGAACACCAAAAGAGCAGCAAAAGAGGUUGACACGGAGCAAGAACCCAGCCUGGAUCUGGGAGGCCUGCUGAACCUAGGAAGCAUGCUGUUCGGUCAGAACAGGAACCCCGACGUAGUGAUGGGAAUUCUGCCCAUGCUGCUGCAGAAUUUCGCGGGAAGCAACGAGGUCGACGGCGAUUCCGAAAAAGUGCACGACCACUCUGGCCACUCCUGGUACAUGCCUCCAAUCCUCGAGAACAUACACGUGAUGUGGGAGCACUUCAGCAACUCCGAACUGGGUCAAACGUUGUGGAAGAACAGCGGCCUAGCGCAAUUCGUCGGUCAGAUGUCCGACUCGGACGGUCGUAUCCGGUACGAGCAAAUUUUGGACAGCUUCGAGAACCCCUCUCUGCGUCGACGAUGGAUCAGAGUGUUGACGAAUUACGUGGGGGAGUGGAUCUCCCACGUCAGCGACCCGCAGAUCCAGCAGCGUUAUUUGAACACGGUGCAAUUCGUGGGGAACAGCUUCCUCAAGUCGCAAGGGUUCCCGAAGAUGGCCAUGUUCGACGCUAUGAGACCAAUGGAGAGCCUCUGCAGGACGAUAGACGCGGUCGCGAAGAGACAUUUGAGCAUGAAGGUGGACAGCUCGCAGUACAUUAAGCCAGCGGUGGCGUACGUUCAGGAAUUAAUUAGCCUAGCUUCGGAAAAGGGAUUCAUAAUGUCUCGAGUGAACGCCAGGGAGAUCAGCAACAGACUCAGCGACGUGAUCAACAACGAUAUCAUUGAUCCCAUGUUGAAGUCGUAUCGAGCGUACAAGUGGGCGAUCAAGAGUCCCCAAUGCGCCAGUCAGAUCUUGUGCUCCAUAAACGAGAAGAACGAACAGGACGGCAAACAGUCGCCUCUGCGCGACGGCGUGCUGAAGGUGACCAGUUUCCCUGCCGCCUGGGCCGUCAGCAACAAGCUGGGAACCAGUUUCUGGAUCUUGUACGGCGCCAUCACGGAACACGACAAAUGCAUCCAAAAGUAUCCAGCCAACUGCACGGAGUUCCACGAAGAGGAGGUUCGCGUUACCACGGAGAGCGUUCACAACGAACUUUGAUCUCCGGUCGAGUGUUCCCUCGUGAAAGACAUUCCCGAUGACAGAAGUCAAUAACAAAAACACGUGGACCGUCGUGUGUUGUCUCUCGUUUAUAAGAUGUGUUUACUACGCGCGACAAGGCGUAAUCGGUUUAUUAUAUUAAGAGGCUCGAUCCACCGGUAAAAGUCGACGUAGGUAAAGGGACGUCGCUGUUUAAAAUCCCUCUACCUUCUUCGCGUGUACAUACGAAUAAGAAAAAAGGUACCGUGGACGUAGCGCAAUAGCAUAGGCGAUUAAUUUCUGACAAUUUUUUUAUUUAUUGUGAUUUUGAGAAAGGAUUCUUUUGUUUUGUUUUACGUUGCACAACUAUUCCAACAGUAACUUUGCGGUGCCCGACGACGUUCGUUCGAAGUGUCUGGAAAACGCUGCGGUACAGUUAGGCGUGAAGGCACUGAUUACGAUUACUUUGACUUUUCAUUAUAUUUAUUUCCACUGAAGGAACCUAUACAAAUUCUAUUUCACGAGAAGACCGUGAUUCGUUACAACAGACGAGUUCUUAAGGGCACCGUAAUUUCGAGCCAAGGAGAGCUCGAGAAGAGACGGAAAUCCGUUUGAAAUCUGUUCGAUGGCGCGCGCCCGUUUGCACCGAAUUUAUAAGGCGUUUUGUCUGCAACAGCUCUUGUAAAUAUUAGGUAAAAGCCAAAUAAAACGUAUGAUGGAUGUAUAAGACA